AUUGUUGAAUGCGUGUCUUUGGCAGGAUCAGUUGACACCAGUGGAAUAGAAGGGUGUCAGUUUCAUUUGUAUGAAAACAAUGAUGUUUCAUGGAAGGUACCAGAUGGAUCAGAAAUCAUGCCAUUCUUUAACUCCGAUACUUACGAGUUUGUUAAGAGAAUUAGGCCCAUAAAAGGGAGGCAUGAAUGUGAUGUCAUAUCACUGAAGUUUUUUGGAACCUGUGCUGAACAUGUCAUUGAAUUCAAAGUGGAAACAUCAGAGGAUCUGAUGCUGCUAACAUGUGAACGAUGUUGUAUUCUUCAAUGUCAGAAGAUAAAAUCAGAAGAUGUGGAAUUGGACAGUUCCUAUUGUUUUAUGCCUGCCUUGGAGGAAGGAUUCUUCUCUGAUCUGGUGAUUAAAUCAAAGAGUGGCAGGGAGUUUAAAUUACAUUCUGUGAUCCUGAAUCUAUCCAUCCCUCAACAUGACUGGAAUUCAUCUCCUCUUAAUGGUAUGGCUGACAACAUUUUGACCACCAUUUUCCAUUAUCUGUACAAUGAAUGUUUGCCUUCGGGAUUAUCGGAGGACACAGCAAAGGAUUGUAUCAAAGUGCUGGAACACAUGCCAGAGUUUAAUGCUUUCACUGUUCUCUGUCAAACAUUCUUACGGAAUACAGCUCUAAAACAUCAAAUAGUAAGUCUAAUUGAUGAUAUGCAUGCAUGUGCCAACAGAAUCAUAGACCUCUUCAAAUGUAAGAAGCCUCAUAGUAAAGGAGUGAUGCCAGAGUAUGCCUUGGUUGCCAAUCCUCAGAAGUUGUGUUAUGUUAUCAAACAGACAACCCGAGAAGGGGCUGUAGCAUGUUCUAAGCUGGUGAUUCUGUGUGACUUGUUUGCCAGGAGAAGUGGGGAACUACCUCAGGAAGAAAGACAUGAUAUCAUUAAAUAUGCACAUUCCAGAUUACCAAUGUUUAUUAAACAAGUACAAGAAUUUUUUGAAGUCUUUGAAUACCAGUUAAUGCUGAUGGGACCAGAUCAAAAACAAGAUAUAGCAACUUAUAUAUUACCAGAGAUUGAGGAGUCCCUGACAACUCUAACCAAUUUUGUGGAGGAAUUCCAAACUGCCCUUGAUGUUGCCAUAACAACAAACAUCUCAGAAAAGGAGAAAUCCGAGAAAAAAGAGAAGCAGAAGAAAGAGCAUGUGAAGGAUGUACUUAGUAAAACACUGAAACAUGCUCUUCAUGUGCGAGAAUUGAAGAAGCUCAGAAAUAUGCAUGAAGCUGCAUCUGUCAAAUUGGAGAUGUUCCUUAAAAAGUUGCAUGUAUUCAGCAAGAAAACUGAGGCUGAGAAGAUUCCCCUAAUAGUGUAUCUACUGGAUGCCCUGAAGAACAGUGAGGCCCCUCUAUUUGUUGAUCGAAUGCAGCACUUGGCUCUAGUUUUAGAGGAAAAAUACAAAUGGAAAGAAUGGAAGUAUAUGUUCAAACUGAGUUCCUCCAAAAUAGCAUGGGGUGUACACAAAUUACGCAGCUAUAAAUCAACGCUUUCCAGUAGUAUAGAACAGAUGGUAAAACUAGUCAACAAAGAAGAAUUCACCGCCACCCUGGCAGCUCUGGGGUUGUGGGACAAGGGAGAAACCACAUCCACAGUAGACACCAAGUAUGCCAGGUUAAGUUCUGUGGAAUCUUUGUGCAUACCUCCUCCAUCAAAAAAGUGUAUCCUAGCACAGAAUGCAUUGGAGUUAUUCAGGAAGAAACGGAAUACUGACAUGGUCUUUGAAAUCAUUCUUGUUCGAGAUAUGGGAGACAUUGUGAUUGACCAUACUCAUGGAGAUCCCAUUGAGAGACAAGAGGAUGACCAUGAUGUGGAGAUCCAUCAGAUUCCUGCCCACUGUGUCAUCUUAGCAGCCCGCUGUAACUGGUUCUCAAGGGCUUUACUCAGUGGGAUGAGGGAGUCCAUAGACAAAAAAAUAACCAUCCACGAUACAAAUCCUGAGAUCUUCACCAUGUUUUUGGAGUUUUUGUACAGUGGUGGCAUUCAGUCUGAUUCCUUGUCGACAGAUCAACUAACAGAGUUACUUACCUUGGCAGACAGAUAUGAGGUGAACAACCUUGGUCAGGUGUGUGAGCAGAUCUUACUACACCAUGUAGAUGGUGACAUGGCUCUGUACCUCCUCAGUAUUGCUGACCAGUUCCAGAAAAAAGUUCUUAAGGACAAAGUUUUAAGUUACCUUGGAAACCAUCCAGAUGUGAAGAAUUGUGAAGUCUUUUGCCAGCUACCCCCACAUCUCCGUACAGAAAUAGAGGAUGUUAUCAAGGAGGAAGGUGAUGUUGAGGGGAGUGGUCGAGUUGAGACCUCUAGCAGCUUAUCUAGUCAGGAAGAUGUGGAGGAUUUGAUUGGACAAGUGCAGGUGACUAGGAGCAGGAGGUAUUCGUCUUCUUCUUCCUCUUCUUCCUGUUUUGACGAGUACGGCGGAGUAGGCACAGAUCAUGCCCGGCUAGCUGAGUGUAUCUCCGCCCUCCGUGCUGUGAUUGGGGAUGACGUACCAGAGGACGACCUGAUUCAGUUUGCAUUAGCUGCUGAUUACGAUGUCAGUCGAGCUAUAAAUUUCUACUUUCAGUCAGCUUAAUGUAAACGAAAAAUUCCACGGAACAUUCUUUCAGG